CACUGCAGUGCUGCACUGCAGUGGCAUUGCGGUGUCCACUCCGAGUCAACCUUCAACUUGCCUCCCGCCCACGACUACAAUCGCUGCUACUGCUGACCACCACUCACUGCAGGCUGCUAACUACUCCCACCCAGCUACUAGACUUGAACUCCACACUUUGGCCGCUUUCAACUGUGUCUUCGUUCGCCUUCGACGCCUCGUUAAACCACUUCGUUGACCAGCCAGCAAACGUCUGCCAACUUGUUGGCCGACUCUCUCAUUGCUGCUAGGCCGCUUACCUUCUUGGUCGCCCUCUCCAUUGCUUGCGGGCGUGGCAGAACCUUGGGAGCGCGACCAGUCAAAAGCCUACCUGAAUUCUAGAAGGAAUUACGAGACACAACCAUUGACUCCCAACGACGUCUUUCUUUCGCCGACUUAUCGCGCGCAGACCUCGUGCAGGGCGCACCUUUCGAUCUGCCUUCCUCGCAUUGCGUGUUCCUUCGCCCACCGGAUCCUCACUUCAAAGGCUUGGGAAAGAGAUGGCGUGAAGACUUUGGCGGACAAAACACAACACGACCUGCGCUGCAAUCUGAAGGGCGCGCAUGAUGGCGUCGAUGCAGGAUGAAGAUAUGUAUCUCUUCUCGGGCAACCUGGACCACACAUCUACGUAUGCCGGUCAAGAUUUUGAGAGCUUCUUGGCCUCUCCUGCUCCCGAGGCGGAUUCCUCGACGUCGAGCAUCGGUUUCCUCAACCCUAGUGAUCUCUCGAUAAAGAGGGAAGCGGACGCUUUCACCCCGCUUCAUGGCAGUGCCGCCUUCGUUCGCUCCUCGCGUGGCUCGGGUUCCGGCUCGAGUUCAUCCUCCGCAGAUUCUGGCGAAGAUCAAAAGGGCAACAUAUCUGCCGCGUCUACAGCUUCGCCUCCGGCGCAUAAUGCUUCCAUGCACGGGGCGUGGGGAAGUGGCAUCAAUGGAUUCUCCAUAUCUUCCAAUGAACCUCUGUUUGAGCACGCGUCUGUGGUUGCUUUUGACCCCGACUUCGAGGUCAGCAACAAGCAGAUGGCGUCUGAUUUUGAUUUUGAGACCGCUGCAAGUACGCCUAGCGGGUUCGAUUUGACCAACCCGAAUACCAUGAAGAGCGCUUUGAUUGCUCAACCGCCCAAUCGACAACUGAAUAUGGCCGCCGCUUAUAACAGCCACAAUCCUCCACCUACUUAUCCACCCAAAGGCCAACCUUCUUUUGUCUUUUCAGGCUCCAGGGAAGUAUCUCCGCUCAAUGCGAUGCUCCCAGCCGCCCAGAGCCAGUCUCCUUGGAGCCGACACUCCCCCUCCUCCGGCUUGGAAGAGACGUUCAACCACAUCACCAUGAACGGUGACUCUCCGGGCAAUGCAACCUUUUCUCCCAAUGCACAAUUUUCCGCAACAGGCUUUAGCUUCGACCCGGAGUCGAGCACGACGCCUUCCACAAUCGCAAAAGACACUUCUUCUCCCCCUUCUACCGUGAAUUCCACAGAAGGGGCUCCCGUACUGACCGUACACCCGACGUCUCUGAAAUCCCGCGUUGAAACACAGAUACCAAUCAAGUUGACCCUCUCAUUUCUCCCCUCGGGCGCCAAGAAGUUAAGGCUCCCCAAGCAUACCAUUUCAAAGCCGAAAUUCCUUGCAAAACCGGAUCCUGAGCGCAGUCCUGAAAUAUUGGAACUUCAUACAUCUUUGGUCUGCACGAGUGCCAUGCAAGAUGCCGUCAAACUCAAGAGAGCCUUGGCUCGUGCAAGAGGGGAAGAGCGUCCUUCCACUGGCCCAAGUUCCACGCCGUCAGCAGAGUCUCCCGGUUCGAAAGAGGAGGACGAGAAACCGCUGAAUGGCGGCGAAGUACGCAUUUGUUCCGGCUGUAUACAACGUGAAAGGAAACGGGCCUCCAGGAAGAAGCAGAAAAAACCAGAGGAGGAAGAGUUGUUCCAGAGAGACGAAGAGAGAAGAGUGGUGGUCUUCAACACCAAUGAACUGAAAGACUGGGUUGAAGUCCCUCGUGACAAUACUGACUUGCCUACAGCUGCCGACGGCCAGCAAGUUAGUUCACCUCCUGGGCCCGUGCAGGUUGAACUCCCCAUGCGUAUCGCAUGUUACUGUCGCCACCAAAACGAAAAGAUGGGCUUCCAAGUGAUAUUCACUAUCAAAGACUACCGAGACAAAGUCCUUGCACAAGCCAUGACCAACCCUAUUAUGAUUACCGACGACCAUAAAACACAUACUGCCCCUCCAGCCGAGCCCAACCCUUCUUCAGCUCUCGGCAAUCCGGCCUAUCAACUACCUGGUUCCGGAGUAUUUCCAACGUCCGGUGCAGGGCAAGGUCAUCCGCCUCCAGUCAAUGCCAAACUAUUCAAGCAGUCCUUUUCCACGACCGACCUGCAUGGACUGCAGCAUAACUUCAAUCCAAGCUUUCCAAUGGCUCCGCCAAGCAACCCCUUCGCCAUACCAUCUGCAUUAUCCAACCAGAAUUCGAAGGCGCUGACGCCGCGAAAUCUGUCGAGACCUGCUUCCCCGAGCGGGCCAUCCGGUCCAACAACGAAGCGACGGAAGCAAAGCGGAUCUGGAAAACUGCCGUCUGGGUUGACAAUGACUCGUCUAGAUACUUCACAGGUGUCUAAUUCAGGGACGGUGCCCAAUACUGCGGCAUCGUCUCCAUACGCACCCAACAUGGUAUCCUACAUGGGACCUAACGAUCGUCAGUAUCCCGGCCCACCUGCGCGAACUGGUCCCUACGGCACCAGUCCCCCAACACCGAAUGGCAAUGACCAAUCCUUCCCCCAAAAUAUCAAUCGCUCAUAUAGUCUGGAGCAUCUGACCAGACAAGCUGCGCUCUCCGCACCACCGUCCCGUCAACAAAGCAGACCUGGCAGCCCAGGAUCGGCGAGAAACAGCUUCGGUGCUACUGACGCAACUUUUGGACAGGCCGUGUCCAACCAACUCAUGGGUCAGCCUACACGCCGCCCACCGCCUCUGAUUCACAAGCUGGUUCCUGCGGAAGGUUCCGUAACCGGUGGGACUGAAGUUACCCUUCUUGGCAAUGGAUUUUAUCAAGGGCUGGAGGUCAUGUUUGGUGACACUGAGGCAACGACAACGACGUUCUGGGGCGAGAAAUGUCUGAAUUGCAUUGCUCCUCCAGCCCUGCAACCAGGUGUAGUGCCUGUGGUCUUCAAACAUGACCAUCCACAAUACUCUACGAUGCCACAACAGUCCCAAGCUCGGCCAUCCCUUUUCACAUAUAUCGAUGAUAGAGAAUUGGAGAUGUUCCGUCUGGCGUUGCGCACGCUGGGCAAGCAGAUGCAACACCCGACCGAUGAUCCGUACUCUGCCGCACAACAGCUGCUGCAAGCUCAGUCACAUUCCGCCUGGCCGUCGCAUGUCAACUAUGGCAUCAAUUCGGGACAUCAGCGCAGCGCUGGUUCUAUAUCGGGGGUCCCCGUCGAUACCUUGGAGCUGGAAACCACCAUGAUGGAUCUCCUCACGCACAUGGACGAACUGAAGCGCUUUAAAACUCCAAGAUUCGACCUGCGCCGUCCUUCUGGCCUGACGUUGCUUCAUUUAGCCUCCUCCCUGGGGCUCACUCGCUUCGUGGCCGGCCUGCUGGCAAGAGGUGCGUCUCCAAAUAUGAUGGACAACAACGGUCAUACGCCGAUGCAUCAUGCGGCCAUGAACGGGCACACUCAUGUCAUUCAUCGACUUCGCUUAGCCGGUGCCAACCACAAGGCACGCAGUAUUCGACAAUUCACUCCGGCCGAUUUGGCGACCUCCCUGCUUGCAUAUCAAGCCACACUGACACCUAUCGAGCACUAUCGAUCGCGCAGUGUUGGUGGCACACCGCUGCACCGCCGUAGUCGCAGCUCGUCAUCUCUUCGUUCUUUCUGGGAGAACGCCUCGGACCAGUUCCAAGUCACGGACUCGGAAGACUCUAUCGAAUCGGAAGAUGAUGACGAGACCCCGACUAUGGGCUCGCCCGAAGAUGUUGAACAUCCAGCAGCUAUCAGCCAUGGUACUCGCGAUGAGGGUGUAGCCGGCGCUUCGCAGUCACGAAGGAACAGUACACAGCUUGCUGUACAAGGGCCAAAGUUGUCACAGACUCGGAAAUCUGCCACUUCUCCGGCCAUGGCGCCACCAGCAUUCAUGUUGGCGUGGCGUGGUCAACUGGCCGCACAACUGCAACAGUUCAAUGAGAGUGCUCAGUCAGUCAUGCCCAACCUUGCCAACUUGAACGGGCCGUUAGCCGCGCUGCAAGACUACCAGGCGUAUCCGAUGGUGCGCCGUGUUAGCUCACUGUUUCCACAUCGCCCCAGCCAAGAGCGGCGGCAGAAUAUUCCCCGGGAGGGCUGGUGGGAAACGUUGACAGGCAGCUCAUCCCCAGCGGCCUCCUCUCCCCCGGCAUAUGGGGAUCUCUACCCGGAAAAUGAAGAACAGCCAGGCGAUUGGGGUCUGAAGAAGGAAUCCGCCCUGCGGGCUGCUACCGAUGCAGCUGCAGACCUCCACUUCGAUGCACAUUCGGACUCUCGAGGUCCUGGCCCGGGUUCGGCGACCGGUAGCCCUGAGAUCUUAGCACGGAAGCAGAUCGAGAGGGUGGAGCUAAGCCGUGACAGGAAGCUUUUCUUCUUUUGGAUCCCUCUACUGGCUAUCGUACUGGCCCUGAUGGUCAGGCGCUCUGGCCUGACAAGUUAUGUCAGCUUAUCGGGCAGUGCCAACCAGCUGUCACCUCCCCCAGAAGUUGUCGAGGUUUCGUAGCGUGACGAGUCUUUGUAUAGUGUAUGGUGUGUUCUGGCAAGAUAACGCAGCGACCUCUACGAGGAAUCUAUGACUUGUGUUCUAUUCAUGAGGUGGACGACUAAUAGCGCAGCCUAGGGUAAUACUGUACUUCAAGAUGACGGAUCUUGAUGCUGCUUGGAUAGUCUUGUAAUAUUCAUUUAGGCAAAUAUUGAGAGGUCCUACAGUCCCA